AAUUAUAUGCAUAUAGGCGGAAAAUCCUCAAGCUUCCAUGGUGUUUUUGUGGUUGGACCAUACAUCUGACAACUUGCCCCAGACCAGGCAAGUGCGUAUCGAAGGCACCGUCAAAAAGCUGACCACAGAGAACAUGAAAGAGCUGUACGACAUUGAACCGCUGUUUUGUAAGAUCCGUGCGCAAGUCUGUGAACAAGGAAAGGUGGUAGAGUGGGAUCAACUAAAGCGCGACCACGAUCAAUUGUUCGACAAAGUAUCCAAGUAUAAUGUUCAACUUCCUAAGCCCGACCACGU